AUGGCAACCAACAAUAUGCAUAAUCUUACAACUCUCAUCAAACGGCUUGAAGCUGCCACAGCUAGACUCGAAGACAUUGCCUCUUCCACGAUCGAGCUUCCUCAAGCUGUCCCCUCGCUCAACCAAUCUGUCGCAACUCCUCCCUCGGCCUCUAAUACCUCACUGCCGCAGCCGCCGCCUCCACCGCAAGCGCCUGCCGCUCCCCAGGCCCCCCCUGAACCGGUUCCUGAGUCCAUCGAAGAAUUUGAUCAGUUCAUAAACACAUCCGUUGACAAAUAUGUCAAUAUUAGCAAGACGCUGGGUGGCCUCGUUGCCGAUCAGGCCGCCAAAGUUCUCCAAGGUUUCCAAGCUCAACGCCACUUUCUUCUCAUCACUACAAAGGCCAAGAAGCCUGACCUGAAUGGUGCCGAGAUGGCUGUAUACCAGGACCUUCUCAAACCUAUCAAUGAAGCUCUUGUGGCCGUGAACAACAUCAAGGAGUCCAACCGUGGUUCCGCUGUCUUUAGCCAGCUUAGCGCCGUAGCAGAGGGUAUCAUGGUUCUUGCUUGGGUAACCGUUGACAACCGUCCCUACAAGCACGUCGAGGACUCCUUGGGUUCUGCCCAGUUCUUUGGCAACAGGGUGUUGAAGGAGCAAAAAGACAAGGACGCGCAGCAAACGGAAUGGGUCAAUGCCUUUUACCAAGUUUUUCGCGAUCUGGCCGAUUACGUGAAGCAACACUUCCCCAACGGCAUUCCAUGGAACCCCAAGGGCCAGCCAGCCCAGGAGGUCGCCAAGUCUCUGUCGGCAACUCUUGUUGCAGCUGCUCCUCUCCCACCACCUCCAGCUGGCGGCCUGCCGCCUCCGCCUCCGCCUCCCGGCCCUCCUCCCGUGCUUGAAAUCAAGGAAGAAGCCACCGGCGGAAAGGGUGGUCUUGGCGCCGUUUUCUCCGAGCUGAAUAAAGGCGAGGCUGUGACUAAAGGCUUGCGUAAAGUUGACAAGUCUGAAAUGACACACAAAAAUCCAUCGCUUCGUGCCAGCUCGACGGUGUCUGAUCAUGACGGUUCAGUGCGCGGCAAGAGUCCGGCCCCCGGAAAGAAGCCCAAGCCGGAGAGUAUGCGCGUUAAGAAGCCUCCCAAGAAGAUGCUCGAGGGCAACAAGUGGACUAUUGAAAAUUUCGAAAAGGAGCCUCAACCGAUUGAGGUCGAAGCCUCUAUAUCACACUCAAUCUUGAUCAGCAAGUGCAACAACACUACUAUCAUCAUCAAGGGCAAAGCCAAUGCGGUAACCAUUGAGAAUUCAGCGCGCCUGUCUCUCAUCGUGGAGUCCCUUGUAUCCACUGUAGACGUAAUCAAAUCGCAGAACUUUGCAUUGCAGGUUCUCGGUGCCGUACCUGCCGUCUUGAUGGAUUCCAUUGAUGGCGCUCAGAUUUAUUUCAGCAAGGAGAGCACAGGCACCAAGAUCUACUCGAGCAAGUCCUCCGGCAUCAACCUUAACGUCAUUUCGGGAGAGGAUGAGGACUACAAAGAAGUACCUCUGCCGUCUCAAAUCUGCUCCUACUAUGAUGAAAGCAAAGGCGACCUUGUCAAUGAGAUUGUAUCUCAUUCUGGCUGA